CUGAGUAACUAAGAACAGCACAGUGCAAGGCCUCAGUUUCCUCAGCUGUAAAACAGGAGGAUAAGCAGACCCCCUGAGGGUGGUUCCCAUGAAGACCCAAGGUGGUGUGUCAGAGUGCUCAUCAAAGCGCCUGGCGCUGGCUCUGACAAGGACUGGAAGAUUAUUAUCCUCCUAGAUAAGAAAGGAAGGUUGCAUCCAUGGAAACUGCUCAGUGGCCUAGAAUCACAGGCAUUUGCCAUGGAUUUGUCUUCCAGAUUUCGUUUCGGGCGCCAUUCAAGACCAGUGGCCUCCUCAUGGCCUCCUGUGGUUUGGCUCCAUUAAGGCAGGUUCUAAUCCUCUUUCUAUGACACUUAGCCACUUUGUUUUUUACGUGUAGUUUUUGUGUGUCAGCUUACUUUUCUGCUAAACUGUAAACAUCUUGAGAAUUGAGACUGCUGUUUCCUCUUGAAGUAAAUGCCGAAAAGUCAGCACUCAGCGAUUAUUUAUUUAUGUUGCCCCUCUACAUGGCUUGCAGAAUCUUAGUUCCCCAGUCACGGAUUAAUUUGACUUGGGUCACUACAGUGAAAGCGCUGAGCCCUAACCACUGGACCACCAGGGAAUUCCCAUCUAGCAAAUUGUUUUAAUGUGGAAAACAAACGUCCUGAUUCUUUAGGUUUUGAAUCUGACCGUUUAACCCUCCAGUCGCCUUGGUCUCCAAAAGGCUGGGGAGAGAAACAGUUGAUUUGGUUUCAUUCUCUGGAAGAAGGGCAAGAUGGUGCCCUAUCCUGGGUGGGUGGCUCUAGAGCAGGACUCGGGCUCCCAUUUUGUGGAAGCCAGCUGUCAUCUGUGUCCAGGGCUCAUUGACAACACUGGUUUGUCUCCAGCCCGCAGGUUCCCUGGCCUUGGGCUCAGGAGGAAACGACUCCCCGCCUCCCCUCCUGGCGGUUAUCUGUCUUCAGUUCUGUUCCCCCAACCUCCCAGCUGUUCUUGGCUGCUCACCCCACUUCUGGGUCACGAUGCCUGCUCUGUAGCUGCGUGUUGUAUCAGGUUGCCUUUGAGAGUUCUAGAGAAAGCGGAUCUGGCUUAUCCAACUCUCCCCUCUCUGGUUCGCUGAAUCUCUGCAGCCCCUCUGCUUCCCUCCAGAGUUUGCCAGGUCUUGGCUGGAUGGAAACGAGGCCCACAGAGCUAUCUGGAGCAUCUCCCAGCCUGUGGCUGCUAAAAAGCAUCUCCUUUCAAGGGUCCUCAGUGCUACAGGAGUUGAGAACAUCCGUGAGUCGAAGUAGCUGAUGAAAGCUUCAUGGUGGUGCUACCAGACCCCGCCUGCCAAUGGAAACACAAAAGACGCGGGCUCAAUCCCUGGGGCAGGCAUCUUCUCCACCAGACUGUGAGCUCUGGAAGACCAAGUGCGCAUCCUUCUUCCUCUCCCUGCUUCAUUCCCAGCAUCCGUACAGCGCCUGACCAUCACCGAUACUCAGUGACGAUGUGGUGAAUGGAUAAAUGAAUGACCCAACUCUAUGAGCAGGCCCUCUGUGGACGGCUCAGCUGGCCACCAAGUCCCAGGGCUCUGGGGCUCCCCUCCCCGGAGCUGCCCCCAGAACCAUGGAGAGUCUGAGAGAGCUACAGAACCCACUGCUGCCUCGGAGCCCCACGCACCUCCAUGGCCCCUACCCCUACCCCGAGGCUUCUCCUGCCUGGCCGUGCCGGGAGAAGAUCUAUUCCUACCUCCUGGGCGGUGCUGGCCCUGCGCAUGCCCACCAGCUCCUGGACCCCGGGUCCCUACAGCUGGCCGUGGAGGCCUGGUACAGGCCCAGCUGCCUCCUGGGGAGGGACAAGGUCAAGGAGCCCAGGGCAGGCAGCUGUGAGACCAGCUUCACAGAGGGCAGGGAGCCCCCAGCUGGGCCUACGGAGCGGCCCACGGAACCUGGCCAAGCGGAAGAGGAUGUCGCCAUCCAGACUGUGUCCUACGGGGUUCAAGAGGAGUUCCAAGGCCAAGAGGGUGACCCGGAGGAAGAAGAGAGUGACGCCGCAUCGACAGAGAGUGAAAGUGAAGACAACUUCCUUACGCUGCCUCCCAGGGACCACCUGGGUCUCACCAUCUUCUCCAUGCUCUGCUGCUUCUGGCCCCUGGGCAUCGCCGCCUUCUACUUCUCCCAGGGGACCAGCAAGGCCAUCUCCAAGGGGGACUUCCGCCUGGCCAACACCACCUCCCGCCGGGCCCUCUUCCUGGCCACACUCUCCAUUGCUGUGGGGGCUGGUCUCUAUGUAGCCGUGGUGGUGGCCCUGGCAGCUUAUAUGUCCCAGAAUGGCCACAGCUAGUGGCCAAGAAGGUCUGGCAUCCUGACUCCCCUACUCUGCCUGAGGAGGUAGAGAUGGGGUGCUGGGGGUAGCAGACUCUCUGGGGAGACAACUCAUGGGGGUGGCUUGUCAGGAGGCGGCCUCCCAGGCUGCAGCCUGCGGGGCAUGAGCUUCACUUCCUCCCACCCAUUGCCACCGGCCUAGAGCAGGCCGGGGGCAUCACUCAGUCCAGGAGAGGGUAGGGCUGCCCACCUGGCCAUCCAGGCAGAGCUGCCUCUGGCUGGGAUCGCUCCCCAUUCUGCUCAUUCCCCAAAGGGUCUCCUGCCCUGUGGCCACCCACUACCCAACUCUGCUAACCUCUCCACAGAGAAGAACAGGUUACAGAGAGAGAAAGGGGUUCCUGGGGGGCAGACACACCGGCGUCUCCACCUGGGGUCUCCCUGAACUUCCCAACUCCACUCUCUGAACUUCCCAACUCCACUCUCUGGCCUGUGAUGCCCAGACCUCAGCCAGCCAAGAUGGAAAUACACACAAAGGGACCCCUUUGGUCUUUCUGGUUCUAGAGGGUGCUUACCUCUUCUGCGGGCUUGUAAGACAGAGUAGAUUCUAGGUGGCGAAGGGGUGCCUGGGGUGGGUAAACUAUACUGAGGGCAGGUUCUUGGAGCAUCUUUAUGCAGGAGCGAAAGGCAGAUGAGAUGACGGAGCCUGGAGGGCCCUGGAAUAUUGUUGCUCCUGUUCUCUGCCCCCAUCCUCCUUUUCUGGAUUCCUCCGGGGGCUCUGAGCUGGCACCAUGCCAGGCAGACAGAGAGAGAGAGAGAGAGAGAGAGAGUGCCAUCAGUCCAGCAGCCACUGAGUGCAGGAUCCUGGAUGCAGCCAUGGAGGAAUGUAACAAGAAGACCCUGUGUAGUGAGUGUAGAUGAGGGGGACACAGGGCUGGCAUGGCAGCUGAGCAGCCCAGGAGGGCCUCCUAGAGGAGGUGAGCAAGGUCUAGACGGAUAUAGAGAACGUAUUGAAGGGAUACUAAGGGAUGACCCUUAGUAUUUGCGGGCAGGGCUGUGGCAGGAGCCUCCCAAGGGAGUUUUGGAGCUGUUUCGAUUACGCCUAGAACAUCCAGCUGGAGCCAUACUGAAGGCUCCACCAACUCAAAGAAAAGGAAAGUCAGGCUUAUGUCUCAAAUGCCAGUGAUCUUUUUCCACCUCUGAAUGCUGGAGGUCAGUGAUGGACCCCUGGUCAGCCUUGCAGCUUCUUCACCGGCACCUCUUCUCAGAGCUGCUCUUAACACUCUUAGCCAAUAGGGAAAUUUCAGAAUUCUAGAAACACCCAGACAGGCAGGAGGAGCACAUUUGGGAGGGCAGGCCUGCCAGUGUUCAAGCUAUGACUCUCACUGUGCAUGAUCUGUGGACCUGGUCAUGCCGGGGCCCCAUCCAGAGCUCGGGGCUGUGAACCCAACUUGUCCACCAUCCUCCGCGAGCCCAGGCAUUACCCAGCCCUCCACUCAGUGCAUCCCCUGAAGCCUCACAGGCCCAGGAUCAGCAGUUUUAAUGUCCCGUUACUGUAUAUACUUACCCUUGUAAUAAACGUUUCUGUAACACCUGC